CAGAAAGUUUUUAACUGUAGUGGUAUAUUUCAUGGGAUUAAAUUUCUGUCGAGAAAACAUUAGCAAUGUGUGGGUUCAUUUUCAUUUGUUAGGGAUUGUGAUUGCACUGGCCUCGGGAAGUUUCGCUCUUGAUUUUUUUUUUUUACUGUAGAGAACUAUGGGGGAGAAAUGUGAUUUACAACUUGGUGGAUAUGCAUAGACCUCAACUCCCGUUGCAUUAUUUAUCCUCUGCCAUCUGAUGUCAGCGGAGAUUUUUCACAUUUGACAACAGUAAAGUCUGAAAACACAGGUAACCAACUAUUUGAUCUCCAUCAAGUUGCCCUAAAGACAGCACGCAGUCAAGUGUGACCAGAGAAGGCACUAUUACACGAGCGUACGACCGUGAUUAACCCCUAUUACGAGCAUGACGGAAAAUCAACUACUUCCGAAGAGCUAGCUUUCUCGUCAGAGUAAUCGGCGAACUCGACAACGAAAAAAGCUCAAGCGCAACUUACAUCCCGCCAAGCCUGUUCGUUAUCAAGUUGUCGAUUUCAACUCUCGGGUAACUUAACAACUCACCAGUGGAGAAACAGAAGAAAAAACAAACGUUUUCCUUAAAAUGGGACAUUUAUCUGAAUAUUUGAAUCAAUGAGGAUUAUUUACAAAACUUCAACCAUAAACUCUUGAGGCCAGUUACGUCUUGUGAUUUUUUUGAUUUUAUUUAUUGAGUGAUAUUUUAACUAUCAUGGGAUUUUUAUACCUUAUCAAGACUUAUUUUCUCACCCUCCUCAUUUCCACGUGCACCAGUUAUUCACAUUGGCAAUAUGAGCAUAAAAGAUAUCCAACAAAUCGAUGGAAUCCGUCCAAACAAUGGCAACCAGGUGUCUCUAGAAAAUCACAUAUACAUGGAGUGCAUGCCAACAAGCAAGUACCGGGGAUCCAAGGAAACGUACCCGCAGAUAUCCAUAUUCUUGGAAACCCGGAUGUAGAUCAAGUGCUUGGAGUCAGAGUAUCAACCCCUGACAAUAUUUAUAAUGUUGAACUACAGAGAGUGAAUCACGAGUUAUUCCACGAGGACGUUCGGUAUUUAUCCGUGUCUGUGGAUGAAACAGGGAAAACGGUUUUCAAAGAAGAAUACAAACCAGUUGAUUUACAUAAGAUAGCCAAAUCCAUGAAUUUCUACCACGACAUUAAUUCAGGGACUUUCUUAAAUAUCCGAUCUCAUCGACUUGGUGGAGUCUCACCCAAUCACACAUACAUUGAAGGCGUCAUGUUUGACGAGCUAAUGGUUGCACCACCAACUGCUGGACGACGUCACAAAAGAGACUUGUUUCCUGUGAAACACACAGUGUGGAAGAAAGAUAAAGAAGAAUCUCCAUUUAAUUUUGAUACAUUAAAAGUUCCUGAUUUUGUUGAAAAACUUAAAUUAGACGUCAAAAAGAAAACAAAAAAUGAAAGUCACCGCCGCAAAAAGAGACAGUACAGAUCCCCCCGAAUAGAACCGGAACUGCUGUUGUUUGUUGACCAUGCCCUCUUCCGGGCCUUUGAAGGAGACUCCAACGAACUGCUGGAAUACUUACUCCACUUCUGGCACGCAGUAAAUUGGAAGUACUUGACAAUCACAUUAGCUGGGCAAUGGCCUGUCAUCGAUUUAAAAAUCAGAGAGAUUGGUGUUUUUAAAGAACCAAACGCCCAACCAUUCAUCGAGAACAGUCGUAUAUACAAAGGGAGUAAACUCUUCUCCCUGUAUGACGCCAUGGAUAGUCUUCAGAAAUGGUUGAUACGAUACGAGAAUGUUUUACCUGUGCAUGAUAUUACAUUUUUGCAAACUGGAGAAAACGCCUGUAGAAAAGUGAAACACCGCGACACCAUCACUCCAUUCAGUCCAAACGUUCUAACAGCUAUUAGACAAGGAAUGCCUAUCUCAUCAAUGGAUAAGACCAAAGACUCUAACGAAUGUGUUAAAGGAACUGCAGGUGUUGCUUACGUUAGAGGUGCAUGUCUGUCGGCUCCAUUGUUGCGUGGCAGCGCUUUCAACUUUGGUAUAGGGGAGGCUUCUACCAGUUUUAACGGAGUCAUUAUUGCAGCUCACGAAGUGGGACACCUCUUGGGAGCGUACCACGAUGGCGAGUCUGAAGCUAGCACAUGUUCGUCCUCGUCUGGUUUCAUUAUGAGUUACACGAGGGACGACUCCUUUAAAUUCAGCAGAUUCUCGGAAUGUUCGAUACGAAGUUUUCAGAAUUUUCUCAGAAUGGACAGAUCAUCGUGUUUGAUGCAGAGAUCCAGCAAAGAAAGCCUGCAGUUUCCCACUACUUUCCCUGGAAAAUACAUGACAUUACACGAACAAUGCCGACGUUUUACUGGAGGUCCUCCUUGUGAAGAAGGACCAAAACAGUGUGAACAUUUAUGUUGUGACGACCGUCAGGGAGAGUGGCGCUACACGAGAUCAGAGCCGGCAGUGGAUGGAACGUCGUGCGGCAAGGCCAAUGUGUGCCUAAAUGGCCAAUGUGUAGCAUUGGGAUCCAUUGGAUAAUGGUGUAGGUUUUUAAUUACAAUUCAAAAUCAUGGUGACAUUCUACAAAAUAGUGUUCCAUGCAUGGUGAUACUAGUCUUGAAAAGUGAAGGAUCAUCGUCUCAAUACUUACAGAGGAUUCUGAGGAUCUGUGAAAAACAAUUGACCUUCAGGGUUACGGAACUUCAUACGUAGGCCCUUCGUGACGUUGACACUUUUUGAUGAGUGCUUAAGAGUUUCAGAGGCCUGUCUGUAAAGAUGUCUGUAAAGAAAUGCUUCACGUUCAGACUAUCCAAUAAAAAAAGCUCUCUAUUCUAUUUAUUAACGUAAAUCUGUAGGUAUUGCAAUUCUGAGUGAAUUCACGAUGUGGAUUUUUAUAUUUUAUAAGAUAAAGAAACUUUCAACUUACUGUGUGCCAAAGAAUGCAAUAUUUACCGUUACAUCGUUAUGAUCAAAAUUAUUUAACAGAUCAUUAUGAAAUAAAAUGGUACUGUUUAUCUAUUAUAUCAGUUCGGUGAAAAUGCAUUGUAAUAUUGUUAAUUUUUCGUUUUCGUGAUUGUGAGAGAUGCAUUUUUUUGUUACUUAAUGUUUUGAAAAUAUUAUAAUCCCAUUGUAUAUAGAGAUCAGCCGUUGAUUCAUCCCUAUACGACAAUGUGUACUGUGAGUUCAACAAUAUUCAUAGAAUAUUACUGUGUUUGGAAACCGAACUAAAUAUCGAAACUGUGAUACAAGUAACCAUUGCCACGAAGAUUAUUUCGGAGACACACUACAAGAAUACUUUUUAACAAACACAUUCCAUAUACUAAGCGAAUUUGACCGGUAUACAUUCAUGUCUUGCAAUAUGUCUAUUGUUCGAUUAUGUGAUUGUUACUACUCUGGACAUAUCCUGCCGCCAGUGGUCUCGCCAGAAAGCUACUGAUGAUACAAUUCCAAACAAAUAUUCACAGAAACUCUUAAACGGCAAGAUAAAAUCUUAUGAAUUCACAGUACGUCGUUUGUCACUUUCAAAUGCUUAUUUAUUAUCCGUUAUACUUUGUUUACAAUGGUGAAGUAAAAAAUAAAGUCAAGAACUGAAACUAG